AUGAGGAACCGGGCACUGGAAGAGGUUGCUGAGUCUGUAAGAGUUUGUUGCUCCUACAAGAAUUAUGGAUGCCCACAAAUUGUUAGGUACCCCGAUAAGAUUAACCACGAAAAGUUAUGUUCUUUUAUAGAGUGUUCAUGCCCCAUUGAAGUCUGCAAUGUCAAUGGAACAUCUGAAAUGAUUUAUGCUCACUGUAAAGUGAUGCAUAAAGAUUUUGUUAAGCCGUUUGUUUUUGGUCGUAAAUUCCAUGUUUCUGUUCAGCUGAAUGAUAAUUUUUUUAUUCUCCAAGAGGAAAACACAGAUAUUGUGUUUGUUUUGAACAACACGUUGUGUUCUUAUGGGAGUAUUCUAACGAUGUGUUGUCUUGGACCGUUACCAAUUGGAUACUGCCCCUAUGAAAUUCAAGUGAAUGCCAACUCAAGUCACAAGUUUCACAGUGCUACCCAGAAUAUUCAAGGCACCAGCAAUUAUUACCGUUCUUUUUCAUGGUUCCUUCUUGAUAGUGACCACGAAUGUUUUGCUGACGGUAUGAUCAAGAUGGAGAUUUGUGUUUAUCGCGCACCGGAGCUUGCUUAA